GUUGAUGAAUACCCCUAUAUAUAUACACCUCUUUUUCAUCUAAACUAGAACUAGUACCUAAGCAGACAAGAUCAUUCACCUACUCCAUAGCUCCUAAGGAAAAAAAAAAAAAAAAAGAAAUGGUUUCUGAUCAGUCACAAACAACAACCAUAAAGCUCCCAAGUUUAGACAUCUCUCAGCCAAUGUGUUCAUGCUGUCUUUCCUCUUUGGCUGCAGCAUGCAGAGAAUGGGGUUUCUUCUUAAUCAGCAAUCAUGGAAUCUCCAAAGAACUUUACACCAAGAUUCAGUCAUUCUCCAGAGAUUUCUUCAGUCUCCCUCCUGAUGCAAAGCUUAAACUGAAAGCUUAUACUCCUCAUUUCAUUGCAUCUCCUUUCUUUGAGAGCCUCAGAGUUUCUGGACCAGAGUUUGCUGCAUCUGCUCGGGGCUCUGCUGAUGUGCUUUCUGAUCAGCACAGAAAGGAGUUCAGUGAGUUAUUGCAGGAAUAUGGACUCAAAAUGUCAGCAAUAUCUAAAGAAAUCCUGAGACUAGUUUUGAUGAUCCUGGGAGAUGAAGCUAAUGAGUAUUAUGAAUCUGAGUUUGGAAAUUGCCAAGGUUAUUUGAGGAUAAACAAUUAUACACCUCCAGAUGAUUUAGAGGAAGAAGCUGAGGGACUCGGAAUGCAUACAGAUAUGAGCUGUAUAACUAUUGUGUAUCAGGACGAAGUUGGAGGACUUCAGGUGAAAUCAAGGGAUGGGAAAUGGAUGGACAUUCUUCCCUGUGAAGGGACUUUGGUGGUAAACAUUGGUGAUCUGUUGCAAGCUUGGAGCAAUGAUAAGUGUAGGUCAUCUGAGCAUCGCGUUGUAUUGAGAAAAAAGCUCGUGAAUCGAUUUUCUUUAGGUUUCUUUUGGUGCUUUGAAAAUGAGAAGGUAGUUCUGGCACCUGAUGAUGUUGUAGGCAAAGGGAAUUCGCGGCGUUAUAAGCCGUUUGUCUGCUCAGAUUACUUGAAGUUCAGGGAGAACAAUGAGAAAGGCAAGUUUGAAAUAGUUGGAUUCACUGUUAAAGGUUUUGCUGGUAUUGAGUUGAAGCAUGAGAAAUAGUAACAAAAAAAUCUUGGAUUUAGGAGACAAAUUCUUUGUUUAACACAUGUUAGAUGAUGAUACUGAUGAUGAAGUGAUCAUCAGUAAAUUCUAUCAUUAUGACAAUCUAGUAAAUGGAUUCUUGAAGUUAUAUGUUUGUUUGUCCUGUAAUUUGAGUGUUUAUUUGUAUACAACAACUAAACUUUUAUCCCACCAUGUGAGGUCGAUUAUGUAUCAUAAUGUCGCGGUCAAAUCAUAUUCUGUUACAAAUGUUCAUUUGUGUAUAAAGCUUAUAAUUAUUUGUGCAAUUUGAGAAGAGGCAAAGACAACAGAUGAAUUUGGUGGAUAGUUGAAUUUGACCUGUUUGGUGGGAAUAACAGAAGGCAAGUACAGUUGGAAUCAAGAACUUCCAGGCUUCAACUUGUGCAUAAUGCAAAGUUUUAGGGUUAUCUCCCAUUUCUCAGAUGCUUUUUUUGCCUAGCUGUGUAUGUAUGGAGAAGAGUUGAUAAUGUCUACAAUCAAGUAUUCUAUUUAAAUUCUGUAGGCUACCAAGGUUCUUUUUCUUCUUGUCACCAUUCUUUUACUUGUAAUCAAUCAAGGUUUACAGCUCUACAUGUGAUUA